GUCUUCAGCUCCUCGUACAAAACAACCACCCUGAGAUGAGCCCAAUUGGCCUCCCCUGGCUACGAGGAAGAUGAAGUAGCCCACCGGCCGGUCACCUUCAUUACUACAUAUAUAUAAUCUUUUUCUAGGAGGCAGUCCUUUUAUUUGCUCCACUCCACAAUAUCGAUCAACAUUAAUUCCAUAUAUCAAAAAUGAACGACCUCUUCUCUACGAGCUCCUUCAAGAAGUACACGGACCUGAAGCAGCAGGCCCACCUGGACGAGAUGGAGUCCGGCAUGAUGGGCGGAAUGGGGGAGGCCGGCAAGGAGAGCGUCAACCUCGACAAAUUCUUCGAGGAUGUCGAGAACGUGAAGGACGACCUGCGUGGGCUCGAGAAGCUCUACCGCCGGCUCCAGGAGGCGAACGAGGAGAGCAAGACGGUCCACAAUGCCAACACCAUGAAGGACGUCCGGGCGCGCAUGGACGCCGACAUCGAGCAGGUGCUCCGCCGCGCCAAGGCCGUGAAGGGGAAGCUCGAGGCGCUCGACCGGGCCAACAUCGCCCACCGGAAGCUCCCUGGGUGCGGGCCCGGCUCGUCGGCAGACCGCACGCGGACGUCCGUUGUGAGCGGGCUGGGAAAGAAGCUCAAGGACCUGAUGGACGACUUCCAGGGUCUGAGAACGAGGAUCGCCGCGGAAUACAAGGAGACGGUGGGGCGGCGGUACUACACGGUGACCGGGGAGCAGGCGGACGAGCAGACGAUCGAGGCGCUCAUCUCGUCGGGGGAGAGCGAGACGUUCCUCCAGAAGGCGAUCCAAGAGCAAGGGCGAGGGCAGAUCAUGGACACCAUCUCGGAGAUCCAAGAGCGGCACGACGCGGUGAAGGAGAUCGAGAAGAGCCUGCUGGACCUGCACCAGGUGUUCCUGGACAUGGCGGCACUGGUGGAGGCGCAGGGCCACCAGCUCAACGAUAUCGAAAGCCACGUCGCGCAUGCCAACUCCUUCGUCAGGAGGGGGACGGAGGAGUUGGUGACGGCCAGGGAGUACCAGAAGAGCUCCAGGAAGUGGUAUUGCAUGGCCAUUCUCCUGGGGACGAUGCUCGUCGCACUUCUGCUGCUACCCUUGCUAACAAGCGUCAUCAAUUUAAUAUAGUUUUCCUUUUUUCCUUUUUUUUUUCCUUGAAAGAGAGGAAGAAACCAGCAGUACCUUCUUAUGGUUUCGGCGGUUCGGAAGACUCGGUGCUUAUGAUCCAUCCCUGCGUGCCGGAAUUCCGGAGUUCUCAAAAUUUUGGAAUUUCUCAGGAAGUUCAUUUUCCUUCCGCUUACAUAUAUACAUAUAUAUAGCAGAGAAUAGCUCCUGCUGUAAUGUCAAAUACAAUGAGAAUACCAAAUUCUGUUGCAAUUUUACAAUCAUUUCCCCUCGUAGAUCUUCUCAAAAGGGUGCAAGAGAGCGGCUUUCAAAUCAAGCACUCCUCAAAUAAAUAAUUUGACGGCAAGACAAGCAACAAAUUCUGAUCGAAGAGCCCACCACAGCAGGGGAUUGAACACGUCACCGUAUGUGUGUAGAAAACUUAUCAAUAAUUAAAUAAAUAAACAAAAAGA